AUGACGAAUCCCAUUCCCAACUACUUAUAUACGGCAUCAGGAUCGAACGCUACUUAUUUUAGCCUGUACGCAACAGCAUCAAGCAAUGAUGGAGGCUAUUACUACUGCAAUUGGUGGAAAAGAUAUUUUGCAUUUAAACACUGUUGCUUUUAUAAACCCACACAUAUCUUCGUAUUUUAUUCUACCACCACAAGCAUCUAUAUCUUUCCCCCGCCCCUUCGCCCCUUCGCUCAUUCUUCUUCUUCUUCUUCUUCUUCUUCUCAUACUCCUCGUCUUCUUCUUCUUCUUCUUCUUCUUCUUCUUUUAAGUCCUCCUCUUUUUGCUACUUAUCCUACUUACUCUUCGCUUAUCUCCUCUUCUUCAUUCGUUUUUCUUCUUCUUUCACUUUUUCAUCUUCCCUCCUCAUCCUUCUGUCCUCGUCUUUCUCUUUAUUCACUUCCUAGCCUUUUUCUCUUCCUCUUCCGACUUACUCACCGUCCGCAUUCGUCUAACUACUUUUUCUUCUUCUUCUUCUUUUCCUUUACAUUACUUUCCGUCUAUUACUUUCUUUCUCUUCCUCUAAUCUUCCCCCUACUUCUUCUUUUGCUAUUAAUCCCCCUUAAUUACGUUUACCCCCGUCUUCUUCCUGUUAUUCCUCCUCCUCCUUAUUUUACUAAUCAUCUUUACUUUCUGUCUACUUCCUUUUCCCUCCUUUUCUGUGGCUUUUUGUCUUCUCUCUCUCUUUCUUUUUCUUUGCCCUUUAAUUCUUCACAUUAUCUCCUCAUUCUUUCUUCUCGUCUUCCACCUCACACUCUUCUUCACAUUUUGCUCCUCCUCCCACUACCAACCUUCCGCCCAUACCCUUCUUCCUGUCCCUUCUUUAUCCUCUUUUGCACUUGA